ACACUCUCUCUCUCUCUCUCUCACACACACACACACUCUCUCUCUCUCUCUCUCACCGGUCCCUCUCUGCGGCUCCAGAACCAUGUCGUCCACCGAGCGCGCCCCGGACCUCGGCCGGGCCUUGUGCGUCAUCACCGGCGCCUCCAGAGGCUUCGGUCGGACCGCGGCGAGGCAGAUGUCGCGGCUGCUGAAGCCGAGCUCCGCGCUCGUGCUGGCGGCUCGAUCCGGCGACGAGCUCCGCGCUCUGCAGGCGGAGCUCGUCGCCGACGCGGAGGCAGGUGGCGGCGGCCUCCUGGUGGAGGUCGUGCCGGCGGACCUGGCUCAGCCCGACGCACUGGAGCGCGUCGUGGCGGCGUCCGCGCGCUGCUUCAGGCCGGACAUGGACCAUGUGAUCCUGCUCAACAAUGCAGCCUCCCUGGGUGACGUGUCCCGCUACGCCAAGAGCUUCACCAACAUGGCCGAGGUGGACUCCUACCUGUCCCUGAACGUCAGCUCUUCCCUGUGCCUCACCGCCAGCAUCCUGCAGGCGUUCCCUCAGCGUCCGGGUCUGCGGCGCACCGUCAUCAACCUGUCGUCACUGUGCGCCGUGCAGCCGUUCCGCUCCUGGGUGCUGUACUGCACCGGCAAGGCUGCGCGGGACAUGAUGUUCAGGGUCCUGGCCGAGGAGGAGCCGGACGUCAGGGUGCUCAACUACUCUCCAGGACCUCUGGAUACAGACAUGCAGAUGUUGGCCCGAUCCAGAACAGCUGAUCCCGACAUCAAGAAGUCUUUCUCCAACAUGUUCGCUCAGGGCCAGCUGCUCACCUGCGAGGCGUCCUGCACCAAGCUGGUGAAGCUGCUGCUGGAAGACAACUACGUCUCCGGAGCUCACGUCGACAUCUACGACGUGUAGACGCCGCCGUGCCUCCGGGCAUUCAGCCGUGUGCCAUGUGAUUCCUAUGAGCCUGGAUUUUAAAUUGGAAAUUCUAGUUCUUCUUACAGUCGUAAGUGCCGAAGUUAAAGGGUCAGUGUGAAGGAUUCAUUCACCAGAAAUAUUAAUGUGUUCAAAAACUGAGAAUCAUUGGGCCUCAUGCGAGAGCGACAGGUGGACGAUUGCAAACUGUUCGUACCUGAAAGAAACGGUUCUUGCAUGAGGCACAUUGAUCUUGUUACAUAAGAACAAACCUGUAUAUCUACAUCAGGACCUCCACGCAGUCCGCCAUGUUUCUACAGUAGCCCAGAGUGGACAAACUCUCAGGACACUGGCUGUAGACAGGUCCUUUCAUAUUUUUAUGUCACCUUAAGGCCACCGUAGGUUUCUCCACCAAGUUUGAAAGGGAAGGAGUUUCGAGUGAGUUGCAAUCUGCCCCCUCACCACUAGAUGCCACUGAACCCAACUUCUACUUCGUGUGUAGCCUUGGUUUGGCUAAUGAGAUGGAUCGAACCCAAGUUCUUUUAAUUUACUUUCAAAACAUUCCAGCGAAGGUUCGUUCACCGUCCUGCCAGCAGAGCUGCCGCCGGUGUCACCAGCUCCUGCAGAGGCAGAGACGCCAGAAGACAUAAAGUACAUUUGUAGAUAAAUGGUUAAACAGCAUUCAUCAUGGUCACAAGGAAAAAUUAAACUUCAUGCAUAGAAUCUUACAAACUUAUUUUUCCGGCUCAAUCCAGAGUCAAACAGCAGCUCACGUCAGAGGAUUGGAAUCUAAGGGAAACAACUUUUUUAUAGAUGCCGAUGCUUCUUCGAUACAUUCUGCAGGUGUGUAGCAGCACAUUACCAGUAACUUAUCAGCCGGAGACACACAGGUGAAUAUCUCUGAGCCACUUUGGGACCAAGACUGAAACCUAAAAUCUGUGAAACUCUUUUCUGUUGUCGCGUCUGCUUUGGUGUCGUUUCAUGUCGUCUCUGCCCUCGUUGUGUGACAUCAGCUGUUCUUUUGUAAACUCGAUAGUGAAUGUUUCAGAAAUAAAUCAAUG